GGGGAUGCUGAGGGUGGCUGGAGCCGCCAUCUUGGAUUCCGCGGUGGCGGUUGGUGGCGGUAACGCGCCGCUUCUGGGGAGUGGCUCUUCUCUCCCCCUUCCCCCCAGUUCGGUAGCGGUAGCUCCUCCCACUGGGGGGGUGGCGCGGUGGCGGUGGCUUUUACAGCCAUGGCGGCGACUACUGCUAACCCCGAAAUGACAUCAGAUGUACCAUCACUGGGUCCAGCCAUUGCCUCUGGAAACCCUGGGCCUGGAAUUCAAGGUGGAGGAACCAUUGUCCAGAGGGCUAUUAAGCGGCGACCAGGGCUGGAUUUUGAUGAUGAUGGAGAAGGAAACAGUAAAUUUUUGAGGUGUGAUGAUGAUCAGAUGUCUAAUGAUAAGGAGCGUUUUGCCAGGUCGGAUGAUGAGCAGAGCUCUGCGGAUAAAGAGAGACUUGCCAGGGAAAAUCAUAGUGAAAUUGAACGGCGGCGACGGAACAAGAUGACAGCGUACAUCACAGAACUGUCAGAUAUGGUACCCACCUGUAGUGCCCUGGCUCGAAAACCAGACAAGCUAACCAUCUUACGCAUGGCAGUUUCUCACAUGAAGUCCUUGCGGGGAACUGGCAACACAUCCACUGAUGGCUCCUAUAAGCCAUCUUUCCUCACUGAUCAGGAACUGAAACAUUUGAUCUUGGAGGCAGCAGAUGGCUUUCUGUUUAUUGUGUCAUGUGAGACAGGCCGGGUUGUGUAUGUCUCUGAUUCCGUAACUCCUGUUUUGAACCAGCCACAGUCAGAAUGGUUUGGCAGCACACUCUAUGAUCAGGUGCACCCAGACGAUGUGGACAAACUUCGGGAGCAGCUUUCCACUUCAGAAAAUGCCCUGACAGGGCGUAUCUUGGAUCUAAAGACUGGAACAGUGAAAAAGGAAGGUCAGCAGUCUUCAAUGAGGAUGUGUAUGGGCUCAAGGAGAUCAUUUAUUUGCCGAAUGAGGUGUGGCAGUAGUGCUGUGGACCCAGUCUCUGUGAAUAGACUGAGCUUUGUGAGGAACAGAUGCAGGAAUGGACUCGGCUCUGUGAAGGAUGGGGAACCUCACUUCGUGGUAGUCCAUUGCACAGGGUACAUCAAGGCUUGGCCCCCAGCAGGUGUUUCCCUCCCAGAUGAUGACCCAGAGGCUGGCCAGGGGAGCAAGUUUUGCCUAGUAGCCAUUGGCAGAUUGCAGGUAACUAGUUCUCCCAACUGUACAGACAUGAGUAAUGUUUGCCAACCAACAGAGUUUAUCUCCCGGCACAACAUUGAAGGGAUUUUCACUUUUGUGGAUCACCGCUGUGUGGCAACUGUUGGCUACCAGCCACAGGAACUGUUAGGAAAGAAUAUUGUAGAAUUCUGUCAUCCUGAAGACCAACAGCUUCUAAGAGACAGCUUCCAACAGGUGGUGAAAUUAAAAGGCCAGGUGCUGUCUGUCAUGUUCCGGUUCCGCUCUAAGAAUCGAGAAUGGCUCUGGAUGAGAACCAGCUCCUUUACUUUCCAGAACCCUUACUCAGAUGAAAUUGAGUAUAUCAUCUGUACCAACACCAACGUGAAAAACUCUAGCCAGGAACCACGGUCUACAGUAUCCAACACAAUCCAGAGGCCACAGCUAGGUCCCACAGCCAACCUACCCGUGGAGAUGGGUUCAGGGCAGCUGGCACCCAGGCAGCAACAACAGCAAACAGAAUUGGACAUGGUACCAGGAAGAGAUGGACUGGCCAGCUACAAUCAUUCCCAGGUUUCUGUUCAGCCUGUGGCAGCCACAGGACCAGAGCACAAUAAGCCCCUGGAGAAAUCAGAUGGUCUGUUUGCCCAGGAUAGAGACCCAAGAUUUUCAGAAAUCUAUUCCAACAUCAAUGCGGAUCAGAGUAAAGGCAUCUCUUCCAGCACUGUCCCUGCCACCCAACAGCUAUUCUCCCAGGGCAACACAUUCCCUCCUACCCCCCGGCCGGCAGAGAAUUUCAGGAAUAGUGGUCUGGCUCCUCCUGUAACCAUCGUCCAACCAUCAGCUUCUGCUGGACAGAUAUUGGCCCAAAUUUCCCGCCACUCUAACCCUACCCAGGGAUCAACCUCAACUUGGACCCCUAGUACCCGCCCAGGCUUCUCUGCUCAGCAGGCGACUACCCAGGCUACAGCCAAGACUCACACUUCCCAGUUUGGUGUGGGCAACUUUCAGACUCCAUCCUCCUUCAGCCCCAUGUCCCUCUCUGGUGCUCCCACUGCGUCACCUGGUGCUGCUGCCUACCCCAGUCUCACUAGUCGGGGAUCCAGCUUUGCUCCGGAGACUGGACAGACUGCCGGACAAUUCCAGACACGAACAGCAGAGGGUGUCAGUGUCUGGCCCCAGUGGCAAGGCCAGCAGGCUCAUCAUCGCUCAAGUUCUAGUGAGCAGCAUGUUCAGCAGCCAUCAGCACAGCAACCUGGUCAGCCUGAGGUCUUCCAGGAGAUGCUCUCCAUGCUGGGAGACCAGAGCAACAACUACAACAAUGAAGAAUUUCCUGAUCUAACAAUGUUUCCCUCUUUUUCAGAAUAGAACUAUUGGGGUGAGGAUAAGGGGUGGGGGAGAAAAGUCACUGUUUUUUUUUUUUUUAAAAGGAAGUCUUUCUGUAAACAGAAUAAAAGUUCCUCUCCCUUCCUUUCCCUCACCCCUGACAUGUACCCCCUUUUGCCUUUUGGCUUUUCCCCUGCCUUCCUGCCUCUCUCUGAGGUAAAAUUUAUAGGAGAGAUUGACUAAAUCCCCAAGGCUUUUAAGACCCUUUGAAAAUUUAUGGCUGGGUGAAGUUAGAAUGCCUUUCCUUACAUCUCCUGACCAGAAGUUAUGCAGUGAUGGUUUGUGUUAGGGUCAAGAAGCAGGUUAGAAGAACCUGGCAUCCACUAUUUGCUUUGAAUAGUAUGGCUUGGUUUUGGAGAGAAAUUCUGCAUAGAGUGGAAGAAAGGAGAAAUGUCCUUAUGUUAGAGGACCAUGAAACCUGGUAGGUAUACAUGGGGCUUUAGGAAGUAAGCAUAGGCUCUUUCUGCUGCCUGUGAGCAAUUCCUCUGGAAAGAAACAUGUUAGUAAGUGGCAGGGGUGGGGAGGGGACUGGUUUCUUGUGUGUGUAUUUGUGUGUGUGUGCGCACACACGUGUGUGCUCGUCCUGUAGUUAUUUCUUCCUAUUAGGGAGUUAUGCAAAAUGUGUCCCAGAUUUUAUCUUUGCCUUUAAGUGUGCUUUUCAAAAAGUCCUAAGGGGUUAAAUCUUGUAGGCAUUUUCUACUUAGUAUUGCAGCCAAAGAGUAUUUAAAUAAUAAUGUCUUUGCUGCGCUUACAUCCAUACCCAGCCUACAUGCAACUGUAAAGCAAAUAUAUACAGUCUUAUGUUGAUAUGGUUGGUUUCUCGAUGAACAUAUUUAGUGAUAAAGCUGGAUCACUCCUGCUUUUGGUGCUCUCACCUUAUCCGGAAAAUCUGCAAGCAUACCGAAAUAGGCUGGCAAGGUAAACACUUUCAGAAACCCCGGACAUGGCCAUAAGGAUAAUGCUGCACUUUUCUAUCAGAAUCACAUACGAUGUGUGUUCUGUAGAGGUUAUUUUUGCAUGGAAACUCAACUUCUUGGAUUAGCAGGCCCAGGGCAAAUCCUCAUGUUAGAAUAUAAACCAAAUGCAAAGCCCUUUUUACAAAGUAGGCUUGUUCACCCAUCCUCAAAAUAUCUAUUCUAACAAGAAACUGAGAUAUGAGCGUUUCCUGGGUUGAUAGUUCUUUAUUCUUUGCUUCCUCUCUAAUCUCAAGGUUGGGUUUUGCUUUAGAGCACAAGUAUAAUAACUCUGUGUGACAGAUGGUGUCUGGAUGCCUAACCCAACAGGGUCAAUUGGUAAUUAACUAUAGCCAUAUAGAUGUCGAAUCAGGUUACUACUCUCAUCCUUUACCUUCCUCAGGUAAUAGUUAUGUAUGUCAGUUUUGUUGUUGUUGUUUUUUAAUUGGCUCCAGCCAGUAUCUAAGUACAAGACUGAAGUCAUGAGAAGAUAUAUGAAAUGUAGUCACAGGGGACUGAGGAGCACAGAUGGCCUUGGAGAGGCUGAAGGAAUGUCAUUUACUGGGUCCCCCCCCUCCUUUUGUCUCUAGUCUGGUGCCAGGUAGUAGAGCGAAAAAUGAGACAGUGUAUUUUUUUAUUCUAUGUGCACACAUACAGCAUACAUAUAUAUUUAUAUCACAACUUAUGAAACCAAAAAGUUGAGUUUCUAAUGGAAUCCUUGUUUUUAAGUAAUCAGCUGUUUUUAAAUGUGAUCAGAACUAUAAUAUUGUACAGUUAUUGUAGGGCUUUGGGGGAGGGAAAAAGAGGGAGAAGAUGCUCUGGGGGUUUUGUUUCUGCUUUUCCUUCAGGGUUUUAUUUUUGAUUGUUUUGUUUUCUUGGCCGUUUCUGUAUUGCUGGCAUCUGUGCCAAGCCUUACAGUGGCAAAAAUAAUGACAUGUAGCAAAGAUUUUAAAACAAAGUAUUUUUUCCUUUUGUAAAA